UUGUGGCGCAUGCGCAUCGCGAGGGUGGGUGGCUGGGGGUCCGGGUCCAGGGAGCGGGGGCUUAGGGGGGCACCAUGCUGUGGUUCCGCGGCACCAUCCCGGCCGCCAUCGCCGCCGCCAAGCAACAGAGCUCGGUCUUCGUGGUGUUCGUGUCAGGUGAUGAUGAACAAUCCACACAGAUGGCUGCAAGUUGGGAGGAUCAGAAGGUGACUGAAGCAGCCUCAGAUGGUUUUGUUGCUAUUAAAAUUGAUAUAAAAAGCGAAGCAUGUCUACAGUUCUCACAAAUCUAUCCUGUAGUAUGUAUUCCAUCCAGCUUCUUUAUAGGAGACAAUGGAAUCCCCUUGGAAGUAAUUGCUGGCAGUGUCUCUGCAGAGGAGCUUAUUACCAGAAUCCACAAAGUCAAACAGAUGCAUGCAGUAAAAAAUGAAUCAUUAGAGAAUGGGAGUGAGUUGUCUGCUCAGAGUCCCUCCUUCCAGGCUAACACCACUUCCGAAAACACUCAGUCCAGAACCGUUGAGCUUUGUGAAACACAGCUUGAGACAAUAAGCACUUCUGACGAUAGAGCAAAUUCAGGCCAGGCAAAUCAGUUUCAGGAAUCAAAUAAUUCUUCAGAUGAGAGAGUGACUGAGCCACAGCCUGUGAAUGACCUUACAACCAAAGUGGAAAGAAUAACAAAAAAACUUGAAGAAAAACGAGAAGAGAAAAGGAAAGAGGAGGAACAGAAGGAAAUUAAGAAAGAAAUUGAUAGAAGAAAAACUGGGAAAGAAAUAUUGGACUACAGAAGACGACACGAAGAAGAAUUGACGAAGCGAAUGUUAGAAGAAAGGAGCAGAGAAAAGGCAGAAGAAAAAGCAGCUAGGGAGCGUAUAAAGCAGCAGAUUGCAAUGGAUCGUGCUGAAAGAGCAGCUCGCUUUGCAAAGACAAAGGAAGAAGUAGAAGCUGCAAAAGCUGCAGCUCAGCAAGCUAAGCAGGCUGAAGCGGAAGCUAGAAGAGAAGCCUCUCAGAAGGAAAGAAGUGCUAUAGCGAGAAUUCAGUUCCGCCUCCCAGAUGGAUCUUCCUUUACUAAUCAGUUUCCUGCUGAAGCCCCCUUGGAAGAAGCCAGGCAGUUUGCUGCACAGACUGUUGGCAACACUUACGGUAAUUUUUCAUUGGCUACAAUGUUUCCCAGAAGGGAGUUUACCAAAGAAGAUUAUGGAAAGAAAUUAUUGGAGCUAGAGCUUGCACCAAGUGCUUCAAUAGUAUUGUUGCCGGCGGGAAGACCUGCUACUUCAGUAGUACAGGCAUCAGGUGGAGAUCUUUGGAAAUUCUUGGGCACGAUACUUUAUCCACUCAUAGCUGGCUGGAGGUUUAUUAGCAACUUCUUAUUUACCAGCCCUCCCCCCUCGCAACCUACAGCAAGAGCAGGACAUCAACAAGAACAUUCAAAUCCUUCACCAUCUAGCACUGUGGAGCCAAGCAGGCAAGCAGUGAGGAAACGAGUACUGGAAAAGCGUGGGGAGGACUUCAAAAAAGAAGGAAAAAUAUACAGAUUGAGAACUCAAGAUGAUGGAGAAGAUGAAAACAAUACGUGGAAUGGAAAUUCUACCCAACAAAUGUAAUUUUGAGUAACUAGGCAAUAAUCAUUGUUUUUCUCAUUUGAUUUAAUGAAACUAAAACUUCUACUGGAUAGUGGGGCUUAUGGGUUACACUGACAACUAUAUAGUACUUUACUUCAUAUCCCAUUACUGAAAUACAAAUUGCCUAACUCAAAACUGAAAUGCUAUGCUAUUUAAUAUGAAAGAAGUUCAAAGAAUUAAAGGAUUUGAAACUUCUAUCAGCAUUUACUAGCCCUACUGCCAUCUUGGAAGGCAUUUUUUAAUCUAGGACUAUUCUGCUACAACAGUCUAAGACCCAGCAUUAAUAUGAAGUUUUUGGUAGGCCAAUGAGUGAGUAAAUUGAGUGUGUCAGAAGCAUUAGGUAGCAAAUCAGAUAUUUGUAAUUUUCUCUUGCUUCUGCAACUGCCAGCAAAACCUUGUAGUUUUUAAUCCCCAAGCACUUAAUAAACAGUUUUUCAAAAAACUAA